GGAGCCUCCGCAGCGCAGGCCAGACCUGUAGCUGCUGCUGCUGCUGCUCCGGCGGCCCAGGAGCAGGGAGGAGGCGGCGGGGGCGGCGGCGCUUCCCGGGCCAGAGGGGGCCAGUCCCAAGGAGGCCUCUCUUCCUUCCUGCAGCCAGCCGGCCCUUUCUUCUAUCCCCACUUUUGGGUCGGGCACGUGGCUGCCGGGAUCCCCCUUCCCGGAGAGAAAGGUGCCACCUCGAACCUGGAUUGCUUUGCCCAAGGAGGGGGCCAUCAUGACCAACAACGUGGUGGAGGAUGAACUGGAAUUCUACUCCAAGGCCGAGAAGUACUGGAAGGACAUCCCCGCCACGGUGGACGGCAUGUUGGGGGGCUACGGACACAUCUCCAGCAUUGACAUCAACAGCUCCAGAAAGUUCUUGCUCAGGUUCAUCCGGGACAGCCCAACGAAGACCGGGACAGCCCGUGCUUUGGACUGCGGGGCAGGCAUAGGCAGGAUCACCAAGAGACUCCUUUUGCCACUUUUCAAAACAGUGGACAUGGUGGACGUCACCGAAGACUUCCUGAACAAGGCCAAAACCUACCUCGGUGAAGAGGGGCGGCGCGUGAGGAACUACUUCUGCUGCGGCUUACAAGACUUCAGUCCAGAGCCCGGAGCUUAUGAUGUCAUCUGGAUCCAGUGGGUCAUAGGACACUUGACAGACAACGACCUCUCCAACUUCCUGAAGAGGUGUCGGCUGGGCCUUCAGCCCAACGGCCUCAUCGUCAUCAAGGACAACAUGGCCCAGGAAGGCGUCAUCAUGGAUGAUGUGGACAGCAGCGUAUGCCGCGACCUGGACGUCGUCUGCAAGAUCAUCCGCCGAGCUGGGCUCAGCCUCUUGGCCCAAGAGAAGCAGGACAACUUCCCUGACGAAAUCUACCACGUCUAUACUUUGGCCAUGAGAUGAAGGCUCUGGAGGCUGGGAGAGAGAAAGAACACUUUCCCAGAAGCCCCAUGGGGGCGCGGCUGAGUGAGGAAGCGCCUCCGGAGGGAGUGGCAGGGGGCUGAGACCACCAACCUGAGGAGCCGGUCCAGACAUCUUGGGCGUGCAUCUUGACCGUUUUGCCAAGACGGGUUUUGGUAGGGAAGAAUUUGAGCCUUUUGUCCUCCGGUAAAGCAGCGGUUUGGAAGACAAUAUAUUUGUGCUGUUGGCAGAUGUUUGUUGUCUUGUGGAUUGUGGGUAGUUGUGGGGGGUAAAGCAUGUUCUUCCCCUUACCAACCUGACCCAGGACAGGGGAGUCUUAAAUGUGACUGGUCUGUCAAGACUUUUGUAUACCUCAGGAAUCUUGGGCUAUCCUACAUAAAGCCAAAUCGCUUUAUUUGUAUUGUCUGCUGACCUUGCUCAGAGUACACUUAAUAAAUCAAAAUGCCUUCAACAGGCAA